AUGUCCAAUAAUAAUCAAGAAGAAGACACAGCCGAAGAUUUUCGACAACCCAUACGUCCGAACCUCCAAAUGCAAGCGUUGUUAGGGGAGAUGAGGCGUAUGAUGAGGGCUGAAUUGGAACCUAUUCAUGAGAGGAGCAGGAAUAGAGAGCCACCCGUGGACACUUGGGAGGAGAUGAAAAUUCUUAUGAGGAAGCGUUUUGUACCCAGCCACUAUUAUAGGGGAUUGUAUCAAAAGUUGCAGAGGUUAAAUCAAGGUUCCAAGAGUGUGGAUGAGUAUUACAAGGAGAUGAAGGUAGCUAUGAUCCAAGCUAAUGUAGAAGAGGACAGGGAAGCCACCAUGGCUAGGUUUUUGCACGGUUUAAAUCGAGAGAUUGCGGAUAUAGUUGAGUUGCAACACUAUGUUGAGCUGACGGAUAUGGUGCAUCAAGCCAUAAAGGUGGAGGAACAACUCAAACGGAAGGGAUUGUCUAGGAGGGGACAACCUAUGGCUACCACCAGCCUAUGGAAGACAGCUCCAAAAAGGGACGAGCAACUACAAAAUAAUCCAAAAUUUGAACUCUCGAAUGCCAAGCCAAUGACCGCCACUACUUUAGGUAACGCUGGUUCUUCUACUUCUAAAACACGUGAUAUUAAGUGUUUUAAAUGUCAGGGGUGGGGACACAUAGCUAGCCAAUGUGUAAACAAAAGGGUGAUGGUGAUUAAUGCCCAAGGAGAGCUUGAGUCAAAGAAUGAGGAAGAAGUAGAUGGUGAUGCCAUGCCACCUUUGGAGGAUGCUGAUGAUGAGCAAAAUGCUGUGGUUGGAGAUUCAUUGGUAGCAAGGCGAGUUCUCAAUGUGCAGAUUAAGGAGGAAGAAAGUAACCAAAGGGAGAACUUAUUUCAUACUCGGUGCUUUGUAAAUAACAAAUUUUGCAGUGUCAUUAUCGAUGGAGGGAGUUGUACAAAUGUAGCCAGCACUUAUUUGGUGGAGAAAUUGGCCUUAACAACUUUGAAACAUCCUCACCCUUACCGGCUUCAGUGGCUGAAUGAUUGUGGCGAAAUCAAGGUGACAAGGCAAGUGUUGGUGGCAUUAUCCAUUGGCAAAUAUGAGGAUGAGGUGCUUUGUGAUGUGGUUCCUAUGCAUGCAUGCCAUUUAUUGUUCGGAAGACCGUGGCAGUAUGAUUUGAGGGUUACGCAUGAUGGAUUCACAAAUAGGUAUUCUUUCACUCUUAAAAGGCAACCUAUUACUCUUGUUCCAUUAACUCCAAAACAGGAGGCUCUUUUAUGUACUAAUGAUCUCGCUGGUACUUUGCCGAGCGAUAUUGUUUAUCUUUUGCAGGAGUUUGAAGAUGUCCUUCCCGAAGGGGUACCUUAUGGCUUACCUCCAAUUCGAGGGAUUGAACAUCAAAUUAAUUUCACACCCAGUACAUCCAUUCCAAACCGACUUGCUUAUAGGAGCAAUCCCGAGGAGACCAAGGAGCUUCAGAAGCAAGUAGGUGAAUUAUUGGAGAAGGGAUUAGAUGAUAUGUUGGAUGAAUUGCAUGGUUCUUGUGUCUUUACAAAAAUUGAUCUUAAGAGUGGAUAUCAUCAUAUUAGGAUGAAGGAAGGUGAUGAGUGGAAAACUGCUUUUAACACUAAAUAUGGUUUGUAUGAGUGCAAAAACUUGGAAGAACAUGUAAUGCAUUUGAAAUCUGUUUUGGAAAUUCUAAGAAAAGAAAGGUUGUUUGCUAACCUCAAGAAGUGCACCUUUUGCACGAAUAAACUUGUGUUUCUUGGUUUUGUUGUUAGUAAGAGCGGAAUUGAGGUGGACGAGAAAAAGGUGAAGGCAAUUCAAGUAGUGGCACGCAUCAAUGAUAAUGCCUACAAGCUUGACCUGCCAGGUGAUGAUUUGAGGACAAAUCCUUCUCAAGAGGGGGAGAAUGAUGCAAACCAAAGAUCUGGACAUGCUGAUCAUACAUGUGGGAAUGGAGCUGGAUUUACACUAGACCCUUUGUCACUUCCUAGUGGCCCAAUUACAAGACUUAGAGCCAAGCGUUUUAAGGAAGCACUAAAUGGGCUAAUCCAAGAGAAUUGGGCUGAUUCUAAAAAGACCAAGAUGGGCUCAAAUAAUAAUCAAGGCUUAGUCCAUGUCAUCAAAGCAAGUGAAGAGGCUAAUAAACAUCCAAAAAUGUAA